AUGGCUGCUAAAUUUGUGAUUCUGGCUGUUCUUGCCUUGUGCGCUACUCAAGCCUAUGCAGGCGGUUAUUCCACCUUUGCCUCGACUUAUAAUGCCCACUCUAUCAAUCAUGCUGUUGCAUAUCCAGCUGGUGGUGCUAAAGUUGCCGUGCCAGCUGUACCGGCCACACCAGCCGCAGUUGCUGCUCCCAUUCCUGCUGUAGCUCCCACUCCAGCUGCUGCUCCUACUCCUGCAGUUGCACCAUCACCUGCAUCAGCUCAAGUUCCAUCUGCUGCAGCUCCUGGUCAAUCGCCGGCCCCAGCUGCUGCUACACCAGCUCAAGUGCCAUUUGCUACUGCCGGUCAAGUAGGAUUUGUUGGCACGCCAUUUGGCUUUGCUGCUCCCGGUAAAGUUGGCUUCUCUGCAUCUCAAGUAGGUUUUGCUGCCGGACAUGCAUAUCCUGCUGGUCCUAUCUAUGCUGCUCCUACUUAUGGAGCAGCUCCAGCUUUUGCACAUACUUAUGGCAAUGCUCCUGCUUAUGGCGCUGCUCCCGCUUAUGCUGUCGGUCCUGCUUAUGCCACUGCUUCUGCUUAUGUUCCUGCUUAUGCCGCUGCUCCUGCCUAUGGUCCUGCUUAUGCUGCCGCACCUGCUUAUGCCUCUGCUCCAGCUUAUGCUCCCGGCUCUGUAGCUUUUGCUGCCCCUUCUAAAGUAGGUUUCACAACUAAUGGUCCUGUAACUUUUGCCUCAGCUCCGUCUGGUCCUGCCUUUGCUACUGCGCCUGCCCCUGCCCCAGUAACUUUUGCUCCAGCACCCCCUAAGGUAGCCUUCUCUGGUCCAGCUGCUUUUGCUGGCCCCUCUUAUGCUGCCUGGUAA